AGAAAAAACAACCAGGACAUGCUGCUGUGUGAAUUAAUGAAUGACAGGCAGGAGAUGAGCUUAAACUUACAAAGACCUGGGACGAUAAAAUCAAGAUGUGUUUGGGGGCAGGAAAUCAGAAACCCAGUCCUCCAGGGGUGAACUAUGAGAGGAACGAGGAACCGGACCUAGAAAUUGUAGAUGGUGAACAAUGUUGGUCUCCUGCAGAGGACCGAGGCUUUCUCUCCUAAGUAACGAAGAGCAGCGCAAAGACUUUUCAAUAAAACAAAUACUUUGUCCGAUGUUCAUCUCAUGCUCAGAUACCUGGAUUUUACGUUGGGGACAUGGAACGUGAAAGGUUUUAAACUGAGAACACAAUGAUUAAAUGUGGGUGCUGGGCUGGGUUGUUGAGAAAUUUCGUUAGUGAUGAAGAUGCGUUACAAGAUUUUAAGUGGUGGUUUCGUGAACAGAUUUGGUGUUUGAGGGAAGAAAUCUGGACUUUAUUGUGAGGAGUGACAGGGUCAAACUUUGAUAUCAUGCUAAGGAUGUUGGAGUCUUGCCAAAGGGUUUUAAGAAAUGCAAGGAUGAGAUUCUUGCUUGCGCAGAGAUAAGUCUAAAGGAAAACAUGAUAAAACGUAGCUGAAGGCUAACAGCUUUGGACUUUAAAUUACAGGCAAUGAGGAAAGAUUUGAAAAAUUGUAAAUAGAAAACUAACAGCCACAAAUUUCAGUCUCAUGCUAAAACAUUUGGACCUUAUAUGUUGAGAGAAUGCCAAAGGCUGACUUGCGGAGCAUGCCAAGAAGAUUUGACUGAUGUUGAUACCAAAGUUGAAAGACUUUAAUCAGAGGAGUUACAUGAUCAACACUGGGAAUAUGCAAAGAAAUUCGGAAUUUAUUUUGAGGCUCUGACAUCACAGAUUUUUGCACACGCCUAGGAAUUUGACUUUAGCCAAUAAAAAGUUCUAAGAGAGAUACACGGUUGAGUUUAUUUGAAUUUGAUAAAUAGUAUGCAGUGAAAUAAGAAAAUAAAAUUCAUGUUUUGUGCUAAGAAUUGGGACUCUUAUUCCACAGUUCCACAAUUAAGAGACACUGUAAGAUUUUAAGGUGGAGUUCUAAGAUCCAAUUUUAUAGACUGUGCUAGGAAAUGUGAAUUUUAAGGGAUGACAAGAUCGAAUUUUUAUAUCAUGCUCGUAAGUCUGGAUUUAAGCUAAUAAAAUGUUGAAAAGAAUGAUGGAGUGAGAUAUUUGAGUUUUUAUAGACCAGUCUGAAGAUAAAUCUCAUGGUAGAACACUGCAUUUUAUCUUAAGUAGUCGGCGCUUGACGUCACAGAAAAUGAAGAAACCUUAAAAAGUUUUAAAGAGGGGAGUUACGUGAUCAAACUUAGACAUUUUGGCUACAAGAGUGGAUUUUUAUGGUGAAGAUAAUAUGAUCCGAUUUUUAUAACAUGCCAAAGAGAUAUGAUUUUACGUGAGAGUGGAAGGCAUUCGAGCAUUUCAUUUGGGGAGGGAUAUGAGCUCGGGGAUGAACCCUCAUGCAGAGGGAUCUGGAUUUUAGCCAGGAAAGGGUUUUAAGGAGCGACUGAUGAGAGUUUUGUCUCCAGGGGAAUUAGCUGGAAAAAACAUAUUUUGUGGUAAGGUGUCUGGAUUUGAUGAACUAGAUAUCGAACCAGCAUCGACAGCUCAGAGGAGGCAGCCUUUGGCAUAAGUGCACCCUGUCUGUUCUGUAUGCUGAGGAACUGGAUCAUGGAUAGCAAGUAAUACCGAGGCAGGCAGGUCGCAAGCAAAGGUGCUAGGACCGAAUUUACAGAGCAUGCUAAGAAGCGUGGACGCUAUUUUGAGGAACGAGAGGAUCGCAAUUUUGUGUCGUGCUAAGCAAUUUGGACUUCAGUCUUUAAGAGAUUUUAAGAGAGUGGCAUGGCAAAAUUUCUGUAUUUAUAAGAGCAAUCUACAGAGAUUAUACAGUAAAAUGUGUAUUUUAUGCUAAGGAGUUUAGAUCUUAUCUCAUAGGUGAUAAAAGAUAUUAUAAGGCUUUAAUCAGAAGUUACAUCUAUCUUGCAAGGAAGUGUGACUUUUUAUUUUGAGGUAUAACAUACUCAGAUUUUUAGAUCAUGCUUAGAGGUUUGGGAUGAAGUCAAUGAAGGGUUUCAGGAGUGGCCUGGUAAAGUUUUAUACCCAUCAGUUUGCAGACAAAUUACAUGACAAAAACUUUUAUUUUAUGCUAAGUGACUGGAACUUCACAUUAUAGGCAAUGAGAAGAAACUUUUCGAAGUUUUAAAUAGAAAAGUUACCAGAUAACUUUUAUGCAUCCUGCUAAAAUUUGAACCUUGAUGUCAAGGAAUAUUAAGAUGAGGUUUUUAUAACACGCUGAGGAUAUUAGAUUUUAGGUUGAAGACAGCAAAGUUGAAGGAUUUGAUCAGUUACAUCAGAUUUGUAAAUAUGUGAAGAAGUGGAGACUUUAUAUUAAGAAGGGGCUACAAUCUAGUUUGUAAAUCAUCUUGUUAAGGAGUUUAUUUUAAAUUUUAGCCAAUAAAAGGUUUUAAGAGACACACCGAGAUAUUUUAAAUUUUAGCCAAUUUAAAUCUUUAAAAUUUUAGCCAAUAAAAGGUUUUAAGAGACAAGUUGAGAUUUUAAAGUUUAAAUUUUAGCCAACUUAAAUUUUUAAAUUCUAGCCAAUUUAAAACUUUUAAAUUUUAAAUUUUAGCUAAUACAGGGUUUUAAGAAUUUUAAGAGACAUACUGAGAUUUUUAUUUCUAACAGAUGAGUCUGCAAAUGAAUUACGUAGUCAAAUUUUGUAUUUCAAUUAGAACAUUAUAUUAGAGACUUGGAAUUUUGCAAUAAUAAUAUAACCUUACAGGACAUUUACGAAGAAGGAAUGAGUUAAUUUAUGCAAUGUGCUAUGUAUAUGUUGCUAUGAUGGAGACAGAGAUGGUGAUGGUUAUGAUGGUGAUGGUGGUGAUGAUUUUACCUAAUUUGGACAUCAUGCUUUGAGGAAUGACAUGAUAAGAAUUUUUUAUGAUACUAAGGCCUUUAAAUUUUAGCCAGAAAAUGACUUUGGUGAGUUUAUAUGUCAAGAAUUUUUAUGGGUAGAAGGUUUAAAUUUCAUAUCGUAGACAGUAAAUAAACAGCAAACGGUUUUAAUCAGAGGGCCUGCAGAAUCAGAUUGAACUGUCAUGCUAACAAGAAUGUACUUAAUUUUGACAAACAACAGAUCAGAAUUUUGCGUCUUGUUGGAAAGGUUGGAUUUGAGCCAAUGAGAAGUUUUAUGUAAGACAAUGCACGUUUUUUUAAUAGAUCAGCCCAGUGGCGAAGAAGAAAACUGAAAAGUAACAAAGGUGCUAAAUAUAUAGAGAGAGGUAACCGCAGAGCGAAUCUAUCGGAUAAUCAGAACAAAACUUGCUCUGCCCCCAUGAGAAGAAAUGUGCAAACAACCCCAACCAAAACAUCUCUUUAAAUACAGUCUCUGCCCGCUAGAACCACCUAUGACUAGAUUCUCAAGAAUCCACCCCAAGACAAUCAGACGUCAAAGAAAUGUCAUGCCCUCCCCCCACCCCUUACUCAACAUCCCAACUCUUCUAGACACAUCCGUAAUCUGGGGGGACCACCAGUAACAGGGAAGGGAGUGUCUGCUUGCUUGAAGAGGCCAGCCCCACCUGGUAACACUGGAGGGGGUAUAAAUACGUUGGCACCUGUGGAAUUGAGGCCAAAUGUUUGAAGUUCCUAAACCCCCACAAACAAAGAGGGCAAUCCCGGGAAAGGGGAAAUCUCAGGAGGGGCGAGGAGGUGAUUUACAGAGCUCCUAACAGCUCAGAGCUGCGGAGAACACAGCAAUGGAAGGAGACGAAAGAGAGGAAGAAAGAUCAUCAAAAAUUCAGAGUUAGAAUCAAGUCACAAAUUCUCUGGCACAUAGUAGGUGUCUUAUAAAUGUUUAUAGAAAAAAUAAAAGCCAGAAUCCAGAUCUCUAUAUCCGACCCCCGCAAUUUCUACUUUGAAUCUGGGGGAGGAAAUAAGAGCUAUUUGGGGCCGCUGACCCAACUGAUGGGACAGUGGCCAACUGCCCAUUUGCUCCUCCUUCCAUGAACCUGUUAAACGGUAGCAUCUUUGCUAGAGAUCCCUGCCUCACCACCAAGGAGGCCAAGCUUGCUGCAGAGCAGCCAGCCUGCCAAGGACAGCUCUGGACAGCACUGAGGUGUGACCCCUGUGACUUCUGGGUGACCAGAGAAGGGAAAGUGGAUUGACUAGGCACACAUGUGCCAGGGUAAAAUGAAGCGGCUCAUGUAUCCUGCCAGGUGCCUGCCUGCCAUGGCAGCCGCUCUGGGCCCAUCGCUCCACAAAAUUUAUGGGCUGUGAAUUUCUCACAGCCACAAGGGAGUGGGCAGGCCAGACAGGCAGAGUAAGCCUGGGAGAGGAGGCGAGAAGGUCAGGGGUUGACAGAUAUUCUCUUCCUGGGGGUACCCCAAGAUGGACACCAAGAGACCUUCCGCAGUUUCUCCCUGUUCUCAUGACUUGGGCAUCUGAUUUGUCCUGGAGAACCUGACCCUCACCUCACGAAAUCCUAAACUAUUGCCUUUACUCCCCACCCUCGUUCCCACCCCCAGGUUCUGAUCCCUGCAGCCCGAGUCGCUGACCGGACGCAUCGCAAUCUUACCAGUCUUCAGAGAACCCUCUUUUCCAUCCGACGACAUGAUAGAACCCUCUGAAGACUCAUUUGAGACGAUGAUGGAGCGUAAGAAUCCAUCAUCAAAACAAAUGGAGUCCUCCGAGGGCUCAUCCAACACCACCGUGGAGACAUCAGGCAGUGGAGAGCAGGAGGCGGCAGGGCUGGCCAGUGGCCCGGCCCAGGAAAUGAAAGAGCUGCCCAUUGAUCUCCUCCAAGACAUGGAGGAGCCAUCCAGUGGCCCACAUAGGGAAAUAAAGGAUCCACCCAAUGACCUACUCCAAGACCUGGAGGAGUCACGCAUUGGUUCACAUCAGGAAGUGGGGGAUCCAUUCAGUGAGGCACCUGGUAGAAUGGAAGAAGCAUCAGUCAACCCCUGGGGAGCCCAGGAAGGGCAAGGCGACAACACCAACCUGGCUAAAUCGGGAGAAGUGAGGGGUCCUGAAGAGCAGACCGAGAUCUCGACUGCAGAAACCAUGGCCAAGGUGAGGUCCAUCAUCUCUCUCUACUUCCGAAUGCAAGACCUCAGAGAACAACAAAGAGUAGCAGAAGAGAUCUUGAUGAGAGGGAUCAGCGCAGGCCAACUGCCCCUCCCGAAGCAGUUCUCGGGCGAUCGCAGAGAAUACCGCGAGUUCAUCGUGCUCUGCCAACUCAUCUUACAAAGCUGCCCAAGAAUGUUCUACAGCGACCGCCUGCGAGUUGGGUACGUCAUCUGCCACCUCUCAGGCUUAGCCUUAGAAUGGGCCAAUGCUCUGGUGGAAGAAGACAGCCCUCUGCUUAACAACUUCCCAGCCUUCCUGGAGGCCAUGUCCGACAUGUUUGAGUACCGGCAGGCACUGCGCGUGGCGGAAGAGGCCAUGUUCAACAUCAGGCAGGGGGAUCGCCCCGCCAUCGAGUACAUCAAUGAGUUCCAAGGCCUGGUACCCACCUUGGGCUGGCCAGAUGAAGUCCUGCAAGCCCACCUGUGCCACGGGCUCAACGAAGAGAUCAGGCAUCAUCUCUUCCGAGUCCCUCAGCCGGAUUCGCUGCAGAAUCUGAUUGUGCUCGUCCUGCAAAUAGAAGACAAACUGGCAGAGAGAAGGGCAAUGCUCAGGCUGCCCCCAGAGGCCCGCCCGCGGAACCUGACCUGGAUUGACUCACCUGCUCCAGAGAGGUGGAAGGUCAGCAGCUGGCUUCCCUGCGAAGUCCACCCCACCAUCGAUCGCGACCAUCUCUUCCUGCUGCUCAUGGUGAGAGUGAACCCCUACCACAGCGUCGCGGUUCAGGCCCUGGUCGACUCAGGGGCAGGCGCCAACUUCAUGGAUGAGCGGUUUGCCCAAGAGCACUACGUGGAGCUCUAUGAGAAGCCCUACCCACAGUCGAUCCAAACCAGGGAUGGCUCACUGAUCGGCGACCACCCGGUCUGGCUCUACACCGAACCCCUGGUGUGCAUUCAUCAGAACCACCAGGAGACCCUCGAAUUCGACAUUGUUCCUUCACCCAACUUCUCCGUGAUACUGGGCACCAAGUGGCUCCAAGUCCACGCCCCCGAGGUCGACUGGAUCAAAGGCCGCUGCACCUUUCACUCUCCCUACUGCCUGAAGAACUGCCUCCGCCCACCCCAACCAUGCAUCGCGCUGGAAAGACAUGCCAUCCGCCUGCUGCCCGCACUGCCGCCCCUGUACUCCGACCUGGCCGACGUGUUUAACCCGAAGGAAGCAGAUGAUGAGACUUCCGACCAGCCAAGCUCAGACGGAUCCGAUGAUCUUUCUGAAUCAGAGCCCUCUGAGCUUCAGCAGGCUGGAGACAGUGAUCACAGCGAGACCUUUUACGAAUGUCCCUCCACCGCGCCUUGGGAACCUGUGGGUGCCAGGAUGCAAGAAAGAGCCAGGCUACGGGAUGAAUUCUGGGAUCUGCAGGACAUGCUGACCAACAGACAGGACUACAUACAGAUGAUUCCAGAACUAUUCGACCAGUUACACGGAGCUACAUGGUUCACAAAGCUGGAGCUGCGUGGGACCAUUGUGGAGGAAAGCAUGAACGUAUGCCAAGCGGAAGAUGUAUGGAGAGCAGCGUUUGGUUUGGAGCUUCAAGAGAUGGAGAGCUACAAGCCCUUUCAGCUAUCCUCAGACCCUGUCAUCCCUCAGAAGGUGAUUCACUUUAUCCUAAAGGACAUGCUGGGUUACUUUGUGCUCUCUUACGGGCAGGACGUCCUGAUCUACUCCAUGAGCCAGGAGGAACACCUCCAACACGUCCGCCACGUCCUGGUCCGUUUCCGCCAUCACAACGUCUACUGCUCACUGGACAGGAGCCAGUUCCACAGACAUACUGUCGAAUUCCUGGGAUUCGUCAUGACCCCCAAAGGGGUGAAGCUAAACAAGAGCAUCGUGACCACUGUGACAGGGUACCCCGUCCCUGGCUCUAAGAAGUCCCUGCGACACCUAAUCGAAUUCACCUUCCCCUACCGGCACUUUGUGGAGCGCUUCACCAUCAUCACGGAGGCCCUGGUGAGGCAGCUGCUGACCAGCGAACCGUUCUUCUGGGGAGACGAGGAGCAAGAGGCCUUCGAAUGCCUGAAGCGGGCUUUCCGCCAGGCGCCCCUUCUCCACCACCCUAAGCCCCAGAACCCGUUCUACUUGGAAACAGGCGUCACCAAGACGGCUCUGCACGCCUCCCUGAUCCAAAUAGACAACCAAACUGGCAAGAGAGUCUCCUGCGCUUUCUACUCCCGAAACAUCUCUCCUAUUGAGGUCGACUACUCUCAACUGGAGAUGAAGAUUCUUCCAAUAAGGGCUGCCUUCAUGGUGUGGUGCCGCUACCUGGAGAACACCGAGGAGCCCAUCAUGAUCCUUCUUAACACAGAGGAUCUAGCCUCUCUGAAUAAUGACAGGCUCACCGUACUUCUCCCCGGGCAUUGGGUCUUCUUCUUCUCCCACUUCAACUUUGACGUCAUGGAGCGGCCAGAACAAGAUGGCGGCCGAUCUCUGCCACCUGUGAGAAACCUCAACCAAAGAGCUCUCCAGCACAACACUGCCACUCGGUCACUAAUGCUUUUGGCUACAAGAAGAUCCCUCAGGGAUCAGCUACCAGAAUCCGGGGAAGAAGAGAAUGGAGAUGCCCCUCACCAGGAUGAGACAAAUGGGCAGACCCUCCAGCAGGAGUUCCUGGCUCUGAUACCAACUGACCAAAUACUGAGCAGCUUGCUUGCCCAUUUCAGCAUAGCCCAGAUCAGGGCAGUCAUUCUGCACUUCUUCCGAGGCCUCCUCUUCUGGAAGAACAUCCUGGCCGUGGCAGCACUCCUCGCACUCCUGAAGCUGCGGCGGCCCCUCGCGCUGCUGCCCGCGCCCACCCUGGAGGUGGCUCAGCCCCCACCCAGGCGCUCGCUGCGACUCAUCCUGGACACGUCCCUCCUCACAGGCAGUGGCAUCGCCCCUGCCAUCACUCAGCUGCUCGCCCAGAUGCCGCCUCUCAUGGGCACUAACACCAUCCCAGCCGAGGAGCUGGCUGAGUUAUUCCUGCGCCCUGGCCACCGGCAGCAAACCGCCCUGGUCCCCCAGACCCGCCGGGGCCCGCCAUUCAUGCCCAGGCUCUGGCUGACGCUGCGUGAGUUCUUCGGUGUCAGAGUUGCCCUGCAAGAGGGAACCAGCCCCCUCCUUCUCGAGAACCGCUACCUGGAGCUGCACGUCGUUGGUGAUGAAGAUGUCGUCUUGCGAGAAGCCCUGCAAGACGACCUGCAACGUUACCGUCAGUGUGGCCUGCAUGACGGCCUGCAAGACACCUCGCAGGACGAGCAGGACGACGUGCAGGAGGCCCUAGCCACCGACACCACCCUGGCCCUGCGACCCCACCAACGAGUCCCCGGGGACUCCCAAGUCCUUGCCAUCCUGAACAACCGCCAACUCUACGUCCGCAGCACCCACAGACAGCCCAGCGUGGCCAGCCCGGGGCCAAUGGCCAGGGCCCUGACCCACUUCCUGACCGGCAUUUACGCACAAGCUCCACUCCCCAUCAUCCGGGUGACCCCACCCAGGGAAGAAGCCAGGCUGGAGGAAAUACCCGAGGAGGACGAGGAGGAGGAAGACUCAGACCUCAACUGAACACGCCUCCUCGCCAGCCAGGAGCCCCUCCACUCCUCUGCCCCAGAACAGCCCACAGGAUCUCCUCCAGCCUCCCCGUGCCUCAGCCUGCUCCGCUCAGACCCAGUGCCCCCUUCCUGCUACUCCGGACCCAAGGGGAACCUACUUCUGAAGGGCAAAACUUUCUUCAACUCAUUAACCAGCAACGUCAUCUGUGCUAAGGACUAUCCAACCAUCAGAGACCCAGAGCAACCUCAGGGCUACACAACCCCCGUCUUAAUUCUCUAGGUCCCAGGCCUGCAACUGGGAGUGAGAUCAAUGAGAGGAGGAAGCAGUGAUGGGCAGAUGACCCCAUGACCCAAGGGCAGGUGAGAAAUCAGGCACAGCAGGCACAGCCAAGCAAGCAGAUGCCAGGGACCACCCCCCCACCCUCCCCGAGUGACAAGUGGCCACCAUGUGCCACUGGGACACUGACCUCGGGUGCUCCACUGACUUCUUCUACCUCCACCACCGGUGCUCCUGCUCCCCUGGGCCCCCAACCCCACCUCCC